UCGGGCAGCGAACAACAACAACAACCCCGUAAAAAUGACGGAUCGCAGGCAUUUUUAAAACGUCGAAAAGAAUUCGCGCACGUGGAAGUUCGCGUCCCCUUGAUUUUUCGUUGUGGAUUUUAUGGCCAAUUUUCAGUGAAUUUCGUGCGGAAAAUUGUGAAAAACAAUGGUGCAGGCUUUGGACGAUUAUGACGUCCAGCAGGACCUCCCGCAAGCAUUACAGCUUCUCGGUGAGAUGAACAAUAACGUUAAGCAAGUGUCCGACUUAGUUGAAGGGAUGCUACAACGAGUGAAAACCGGAGAGCUGUCUACAGAAUACGGACUUAGUUUUUUGGAAAUCAAAUAUCACAUGCUUUUAAAUUAUCUGAUAAAUUUAACAUAUGUUGUUUUAAGAAAAUGUUCCGGACAAACAAUAGAACGUGAUCCAUCCAUAGACAGACUUAUUGAAAUUCGUACAGUUCUUGAGAAAAUUCGACCGAUAGAUUAUAAACUGCGCUAUCAAAUUGAUAAAUUGGUCAAAACAGCCGUAACUGGUGCCACAAGUUCAUCCGAUCCGAUUACCUUCAAGCCAAAUCCAAAUAAUUUAGUAUCACAACUUCCGGAACAGGGUUCAAAUUCAGAAGCAUCUGAAUCAUCUGAGGAUGACACCGAUGAUGAUAGCAAACGUAAAAAAUCAAGUGGCAGUAAAUCCGAAUCAAAAACGGGUGUUUAUGUGCCUCCAAAAUUAACGGCAGUCCACUAUGACGGGGACGAGACAAAGGCGGAACGUGAACGAAAAAUGUUGGAACGUGCACGAAAGAGGGCGUUAUCAUCUUCCAUAUUGCAAGAUUUGAAGGAGGAGUACUUGGAUGUUCCAACUGAGGUGUCGUCUGGAUCUCGAGCACAACAAAUCCUUUCGAAGGCACAAAAAGAGAAACAGGAAUAUGAAGAAGCGUAUUUGACACGGCUUCCGGUUACUAAGGCUGAAAAGCAGCGGCAACGUCGAUUGACUACAAUAGGAACGUUGGGUGAUGAAAUAACGAGCUUUGCAGAUAUAAGUGCUUUGCAUGGUGGCAGUUCUAGCGGCGGCGGUGGUGGUGGUAAGAAACGAAAGAAAAAAGGUUUAGGUAAAAAACGGGGUGGCAAGAAAAAACGAUUCCAUUGAAAGACAUGAUUCGCUACUCACGGGAUCUUCAAAUUGGGAGGUAAAAUUUACAGCAAAAGCAAAGAGACGAAAUCAACAUCAGAAUAUUUUGCCUUCCCUUGAAUACAUUGCAUCCCGUUUGCGUUUGAAAUGACAAGCGACUUGUGUCACCCAAUUCUCAGUAUAAAUGUUCCAAAGUCUGAAUGAAGAAGCCAUAGCCAAUGCCAAGAAAUAUAAAUGAGUAUUUUUUGACCUUUAUUUUUAAAUUUUCAUAGAAUAAUGAUAUUAUACUGAUUGAUUGAUUGUUUAUUCGCAAAGUAAUCGACUCAUUGAUUGUUUUUUCUUUUAAAUAUUGCCAAUGUUGUUCAUGGAAUAUAAUAUUUCAAGGAGGUUUAUUUGAAGGGGAUGUAGAUUGUUUCGUUCCAUUUUUCAGUUUUUUUUUGCAAUAGAGAAUAUUUUAUUUCAAUAA